UUUAUAUUUUAAAAGUUUUUACAAGUUGAAAGUUUGGAAAUUAUCAAUUCUCUAUUGAGGAGUUGUGUUCUAUUUACUAAUUUAUUUUCUUUAUUUACCUUUUGCUUUCGACGUUUCGAAAGUGAAGUUAUUUUUUUGACUGCGAAAGAAAAAAGAAUGUUAAGAAUUAUGACCAAUAUUGUUAUUGGCAUAAUUAUAUUUUUAACGUUUUCGUUUUAAGUUCAAUUAAUUUUUGUCUUUCGCUUUUUAUUACAGAGUUAGAAGUGAUUUGGAAGUAACAGGUUGGUUGUUGUAGUAAAUGCAAGGCUUUGUUUAGAAUAUGAAAAUGUACGGAUUCUUUUUUGCUUUAAUAGCUGUACUCAUUAACUGUAUUUUAGGCCAGCAGGGUCUCUAUACAGUUGUUGCUCCCUCGAAGCUGAGACCAGAUACUGUUUACCAUGUCAGUAUUACUCUUCACGAAGCCCUUACUUCUGCAGAUUUUACUCUGAAGCUAUUUGGUACAAAUGAAGAUGGAAUUCCUAUAAGUAUUAUGAAAAAUCGUCAUAUUGAACCAAGACAAUCAGAAAUAAUGGAUUUUGAGUUGUUUGACUUCAAGCCUGGUGAUUACAGUUUAGAAGUAGUUGGUGAAGGUGGAAUCAAUAUUAGGAAUGUGACAAAAUUGCAGUUUGAAUACAAAAGUUAUUCAGUUUUCAUUCAAACUGAUAGACCAGUUUAUAAACCUGGACAAUUAGUGCAAUUCAGAGCAAUCAUUGUGACACCGUAUUUGUUGCCAAAAACUAAUCAAAUCCCUAUUCAUCUUCUGGUAAAAGAUGGCCACCAAAAUAGUAUUCAAGAAUGGAGAAAUGUGUACACUACAAGAGGCAUGGCAUCUGCAGAAUUUAAACUUUGUGACAGUCCUGUAUUUGGAACUUGGUCUAUUCAUGCUGACAUAGAGGGUCAACAUUUUCACAAGAAUUUUACUGUUGCGGAAUUGAUUCUACCUACUUAUGAAGUUGAAAUUGAUUUGCCAUCUUAUGCUACAUACAAUAGAUCAGAUGUAGAAGUUACAGUAAAAGCAAUGUAUUCCUAUGGAAAACCUGUUAGAGGAGAAGUCACCCUUACAGUUGCUCCUAAAACAAGAUAUAACAAAUUAGCUGUAAGGCCGUAUGAAUCCUUCCAAACAAAAGCUCAAGUUGAUGGCUCUGUUACAAUAUAUUUGAAUUUAUUGCAAGACUUAUCCCUGAGAACAGAUUUUUUCAAGAGAGAAAUUGAAUUUUUUGCUCUAGUGGUCGAAGAAGAGACUGGACACAAGUAUAACUCAACCAAUACAAUGUGGAUAUACGAUAAAAACCUAAAGAUUGACCUUAUUAGAACUUCAGAAACAUUCAAACCUGGCUUAAAGUAUACUGCGUUUCUAAAAAUAUCUUAUCAAGAUGAUGUUCCAGUUUCUGAUAGCAGAGGCCAGUUAGAGCUAAAAUAUGGUUUCAGCAAUCAGGAAGAAUACUGGAAGUCAGAAUUUUAUACUCUUCCCAGAAAUGGAAUUGUUAAACUUGAAUUCUCACCUCCCAAUGAAGAGAACAUCUUACGCCUCAACAUGAGAGCCAUUUAUCAAGGCCAGAUUUUUUAUCUUGAUUCAAUUGAUGCUGCAAUUUCUCCCACCAAUAAUUUCAUUCAAAUUGUUCUCGUCACUCCAAAUCCCAAAGUUCAGGAAACAGUAGAAAUGGAAGUAAAUGCUACUGAACCAAUUAAUCAUCUCGUUUAUCAGGUUAUUGGCAGAGGAAACAUUCUUCUUUCUAAAACUAUACCUGUUCCAAAUCUCAAAGUGUACAGAUUUAACUUCAAAAUACCAAGGUCAAUGGCACCCCGUGGUCGUGUUCUGGUUUACUACAUUCGAAACAAAAAUAAUGAGAUAGUUGCUGAUUCUGUUGCCUUUGACGUAGAAGGUCUUUUGAAAACUUCUAUAACAUUAAGUCCUAAUGUUAAAGAAUCUGAACCUGGACGGCAAGUGGAAAUAAAACUUAGUACUGCUCCAAAUUCUAUGGUCGGAAUACUCGGUGUUGAUCAAGGGAUAUUACAGCUCAAAUCAGAUAAUGAUAUAACUCAAGAUGAGGUGAUUAAAGAAUUAAAUACUUAUGAUAAUGGACAACCUGCUAAGUAUAACCCUCCAUGGUAUCGAAGAAGAAGGAGAUCUCUUUCUUGGCUGGGAUCGAAAUCUGCAGGACUUACAUUUAAGGAUUCUGGAUCAGUAAUAAUGACUAAUGCCCUCCUUUUUCACUCUGUUAAUGAUGAUCGUUUUGAGAAUGUUAUAAGGAUUGAUGAAAAUAUCAACAACACUCCCAUACAGCCACCAUCGGAUAUACCUGAGGUUGAGGUGUCGGAGGGUCGAAUGAUAAUAAGGAAAAAUUAUCCUGAAACCUGGUUAUGGGUGAAUACCACAUCUGGAAGUGAUGGCAUUGCUUCAAUUACACAUCUGGUUCCUGAUCAUUUGACAUCUUUUGUAAUAACUGCAUUUGCUAUUGAUUCCGUGGAUGGACUAGGUAUUACUACUACUCCUGCUCAGGUUACCGCUCAUCGCCUUUUUUUCAUACGAAUGAGUCUUCCUUAUUCCGUGUUAAUGGGAGAAGAUCUUGCUAUUCAAGUGAUUGUAUUCAAUUUUAAUAGUAGAACUAUACAAGCUGAAGUUACAAUGGAGAAUAAAAAAGGAGAAUUUGAGUUUACACUUGCUGGGCAAGAUUCUAGCAAUUUAGAUCAUCAAUCGAGGCGAUCUAAAAUUAUUUCGGUACCACCCUCUGAUGGCAUUGCAGUUUCAUUUUUGAUUAUACCCAAGAAAUUGGGACAUAUUGAAAUUCGAGUCUCUGCUGCCUCGUCUUUAUCUGGCGACUCACUUACCAAAUAUCUCCUUGUUCAGCCUGAGGGAUCUGCACAACAUUAUAAUAAAGCAUUUUUUGUUGAUUUGCGAAGUCCAAGUGCUUCAUUCAGCAAAAACAUCUCAACCCUUAUUCCUAGAAAUGCUGUUUGGGAUUCUGGAAAAAUUGUACUUGCAGCUACUGCUGAUUUAAUGACACCCAGUAUGAAAUCAAUUAACAAAUUGUUAUAUAUGCCAACUGGAUGUGGAGAGCAAAACUUAAUUACAAUCAUACCUCAUAUUAUUAUUCUUGACUACUUGUCACAGUCAAAUAGAUUAACAUCAGAUAAGAAAGAUCAACUGAUAAGUGAUUUAAGACUGGGUUACCAAAGACAGCUUACAUAUAAGAGAAGUGAUGGCUCUUUUAGCACAUUUGGGGAACGUGAUCGAAGUGGAAGCACAUGGUUGACUGCUUAUGCUUUAAGAGCACUAUCCUUAGCUAAUAAAUAUAUUUUUAUUGAUUCUGAAGUUCUAAAUAAGGCCUUAGAAUGGAUGAUAAGUAAACAAGCUCCAGAUGGUUCAUUUGAUGAACCUGGCGAAGUUCAUCAUAAAGCUCUGCAGGGUGGUACUGAAAAAGGAGCUGCCCUCACUGCCUACAUUUUGAUGGCUCUAUUUGAAGCUAAAGCUCAAUCAAAAUACAACAGGCAAAUUGCUUUAGGCCAGAAUUAUAUUGAAAGAGAACUUCUGUCAAGUUCUAGCCCUUAUGUCAUUUCUAUGAUUUCAUAUGCUCUGCAUUUAUUGGGUAGCUCUUCGAAGGACAGGGCCUUUCAGCUGCUCCUCAAUAUGGCUGAAAGAAGAGACGAUAUGAUGUUCUGGGAUAACAAAGAAGCUCAAGUGAAUAUGACUGACAAGCAAUCUGAUUAUUGGUUUCUGGCAGCCUCCAUUGACAUCGAAACAGCCGCCUACGCCAUUCGAACCUUUGCUCUCAAAUCAGACCCAACAGGUUCAGUGCCUGUUUUGAAAUGGCUCAUAUCAAAACAAAAUAAAAAUGGUGGUUUUUCUUCAACACAGGAUACAGUUGUUGCCCUCCAUGCAUUAAGUGAGAUAUCUCCACUCAUACCAGCAUUUUCCAGCUUAAAUGUAAAAUUUUCCUAUCCUGAGGGCCAAAAGACGCUGCAAAUUUCAAACGCUCUGAAAAUGCAAGAAGUAGAGCCGAAGAGUCUUGUGUGACUGUCCCAGCACAUCGUAUACAUAAGGUAGCACGCCAACGGAGGGCGCCAGUCAAAGUUUAUGACUUCUAUAUCCAAGCGAGAAGUGCCAGGAUGUUUUACCGUCCUCACAGGACUGAUCUUUGCGAUAUUUGCGACGAUGAUGACUGCGGUGAUAAUUGCCUCAAAACAACGACCAGCAGUGAAGAAUCUUCAUUUGCAAGUUCUGCACACCUGCUGCAGAGCUAUUCUAUUUUUAUAUCACUUUUAAGCAUUUUCUUUUUGAAAGCAAUGAUGUGAGACUGUUUCAAAAUUUUUAAGUGCAGAUUACUUUGAUAGAGGCAAUCUUGUUUUAUUAGGAAUGAUCAAUUUAAAAAAGAGCAACUGUACUAUAAUUUGUAAAAAUACUAUCUCUUCUGACCUUUCAUAAUUUUGCUUUAAAUAUAAAAACUGUACAAUAUUUUUUUAUUUAUUUUUUGUGCAAUUCUUCCAAUCUGUUGAAGAUUGGGUGUAAAAUCAGUUACUUUCGUCAUCGCUAUAAAACUAAUUGCAUUUUGUCAAGCAACAAAACUGUAUCAAUUUCAUUGUAGAAACUCUAGUAAAUAUUUAUAUAUAUAAUUUUUAACCAACUUCAAAUUCUGUUUAAUAUAUUAUAAAAAUUGUUUUAAAUGUGAAUUUAUCUUUUACAAAGCUUUUAUUUAUACUAACAGCGCUGAUAUUUUAUUAACAAUUUUUAAUUAAUUAUUUUUAAGAAAAAUUUCAAAUGCUUUAUAUAUUCCUCUCUUAUGGUUCUACGAUUGCAACAUUUAUCAAAAAAAUUUUUAAUGAAUUGUUUUGAAGCUUAACUAACAUAUUUUAAAACUGCCUGUUGUAAGAGAUUUUGAAACAUAAUUGUUUUAAUUUCGUUUCACCUAAACUUAUAAAAUAUUAGAUUACCAAUAUCACUAUAAAGUUAAAGCAGACUUUAGAAGUUUUUGCAUUUAGAAUAUCAUUACCAGUUUCCUAAAUAUUACGCUUUUAUAAAUGUUUCAUUAAUAAAAAAAGAGUGUUUUUACCAAUAGGACUCAAUUAUUAGAAUAAAUUUUUAAAAAAUUAUCUUUUUUUCUUAAAAAAGUUAAUAAAUCUAUUAUAUUAAAAUUCGCUUUUGUUAAUGAUAUUUUGCAGUAUACAUAUGUGCCAUAACAUUACAAGGUGUUUCUUUUGAAUACCGUUAGACUCUAUAAAAUAGCCUCUCUUUGCAAAUUGGUUCUUCAUUGUAUUGUAAUGCGAUCACUUUGGUGCUAUAUUAUUGUUAUUACCUAUAAUUGUUACUUUUUAAGCUAUUUGCAGAUGAAUAUGAAUGCAUCUAUUAACAUGUGUCAUUAUAUAUUUGUAUUUAUAAUCUUUUGAUGUUUUAUAUCACAUAUAAAGUUGAUAUUUUUGUGUAAUUUACUUGUAUUUGGUUUAAAAGAGUUGUUUCACUCCUAAAGUAAGUUAUUUUAUUAUGUUAUAUAUAUUUUUAUUUGUAUUUUUAAUGAAUUUAAAUUGUAUUGCAAUGAACUCUAGUUUAUAACAUUUUUUGGUAGCUAUCUGUAACUUUUUAUAACUAGGUAUUUUAAAGUGGAAAAUACAUGGUUUCAUUUAUUUAUUUGUGCCAUUACACUAUAAAGAAUUUUUAAAUUUUUAUCUGUAAAAGAGAGACUUGCAUUUCAAACUUAUAAUACUUUAUAUACAAAAAUGUUACAUAUGAAGCAUCAUUAUGUUUUUAAAAUUAACUUGUAUAUUUUGUUUCAUCUGCUGCUUGAAUGUAAUUAUAGAUUUGAAACAUUAAUGUUUUAAUUGUGAGUUACUUAAUUUGAUCAAAAACUAUUUUAUUAACCACUUUACCUUACCAAUUAUUUUGAAGAAAGAAAAAAAAUGCAGAAAAUUAACAUGCUUUUUUAUUUUAUUAAUAAAUACAAGGAACAAAGACAAAACAUAAUACACAAGUUUUAUGUUGGAAUUGUUUUUAUGUGUAAGAAACCAUUAAUUUGAAAUCAUUUUACUAUCCAUAGUUAUUUCGGGCAAUUAAAUAUUAUUCUUUGUAUGAUAGUUCUUAAAACAACACAAAGUGAUACUUUCCAAAUACCAGUGAAGUGAUGUUAUUUUACCCCCUUUGUUUUUUUCUAUGUAAAUUCAGCAACCAUUGUAUGAUAAAAUAUCACAAAACAUCCCACAGUUAAACAUCAAAACUCCUAAAUAAAACUUCUAAUCAAAGCAGAUUAUGUACUUCCGACUGAGUAGAAACAUGAUAAAACAAAAUGUUCUGACAAAUUAUGCUGACGAUAAAUAUUUGCACUCGAGUUAACUCUGGAUUAUCAAGGAAGCCGUUGACUCUUUGGUGUCACCUAAUCAGUGUUAAGAUUUCGUUUAGAAGAGGCCUAAUUUCUCUUAGACUGAAAAAAAAAAAAAAAAUAAGAGAAACUGAUCAAAAUGAAAGAACAAUAAAAAAUUUUGACUACAAGCAUUAAAAGAACAGUUUAAUAUUGAACUUAACAUAGUGCCAGAAAAUUAUGUUUUUCAAAUCUACUUUUUUU